AAAAUAUUAUAUAAGGAAAAAAAUAAAAAAAAAUGGAGGUGAGCAUAAAUUCGCUAAAAAAGAAAAGAAAGAAAGGUGUUUGAAUGGAACUUGGUGCAAUGGGGGCAACAACACAAAUUCAAAGAAUAAAUUCUCAGCAGCAAUAGCUUCUCAACGCAACAAAGCAAAGCUUUUGCUCUAUCAAUCUUCAGCCUUUUCUUCUUCGAUUUCACAAGUUUCAUCAUCUCGGUAAGCAAGUCUCCUGCGAAUCCAGGUCCGAUUUUGUUUUCUUCUUUGAAAUUGUUUACUUGUAAGAGUCAUCUUCUGAAGAUUCGACCUCUAGAUUCUUACUUCUGUGUAUGACUUACUCAAAUCACAAAUUAAAGAUUACUUCUUUUUUGUUUUCUUAAUCAAUCUGCUUCGCAAUAGCUAUUUCUUCGUAAUGCUGAUAUUUGACUACUAAGUUGCUUUCUGACUUUAAUGGCUAUUUAUUUUCUGGGGAAAACUGGAUUUGAGACAAAUCACUGAUAAACUUCUAUUGCUUGAACCUUAUUUUAGUUGACCCUCAAGUUUAGGCUCUGGUUUUUCAGUCAAAAUGAGUGAUGGAAUCUCCAGGAGAAUCUCUCGUCUUCUGCAUCAUUAAUUCAUUCUCUGGAAACUUUUUGAUUCAUAAUCUGUAUGCUUGUGGAUAACAAAUUGUGAUGACUUGAGUUAAAGAAUGGAUUUUUAUCUUAGGAAUCUUGUUGUUUUUUCUUAGCUUAUGCAGAAAAUUGUAUCAUGUGCACAAGAGGACAGGUUACAAAUCAUAUGUAAGUUGCGGAACAAUGUUCUAGGAUCACCAAAAGCUAAUCCCAGAUGGAUAUGAGGUCUGGAGAUAGAGAAUUCCCAAAUGGUGAUUUCUAUUCUGGGGAAGUGAAAGGAAUAAUUCCUAAUGGGAAGGGAAAGUAUGCAUGGUCAGAUGGAACUAUCUACGAGGGUGAUUGGGAUGAAGGCAAAAUCUCUGGUAAAGGGAAGCUUAUUUGGUCAUCUGGAGCUAAAUAUGAGGGAGAUUUCUCUGGUGGAUACCUUCAUGGUUUUGGCACCAUGACCUCACCUGAUGAGUCUGUCUACAGCGGAGCCUGGAGAAUGAAUGUGAGGCAUGGGCUUGGCAGGAAAGAGUAUUGUAACUCAGAUCUAUAUGACGGUUUGUGGAAAGAAGGAUUACAAGACGGGCGUGGUAGUUAUUCUUGGACCAAUGGAAAUAGGUACAUAGGGAACUGGAAAAAGGGUAAGAUGUGUGAGAGAGGAGUUAUGAGAUGGGAAAACGGUGAUCUUUAUGACGGUUUUUGGUUGAAUGGCUUUAGACAUGGCUCUGGAGUUUAUAAGUUUGCUGAUGGAUGUUUAUAUUAUGGUACCUGGUCCCGAGGCCUAAAAGACGGGAAGGGAGUCUUUUAUCCUGCUGGAACUAAACAACCAUCUCUAAAGAAGUGGUGUCGCUCUCUUGAAUAUGAUGACACUGGAAAGUUUGUACUUUCUCGCAGUGCAUCGGUAAAUGUUGAGGAGCUAAGGAGUUUAAACACUGUGACACAAAGUCUUUCUGUGAAAACUUCAGCUGGUGAAACCACCUGUGAUCCUCCAAGAGACUUUACAUGUCAUGGGCCAGUAUCUAAGUCUGCACGGUUUUCUGGCUCAGGCCAAAGCGAGGGACAAGAUAAGAACCGUAUUGUUUAUGAAAGGGAAUACAUGCAAGGAGUUUUGAUUAGAGAAACUAUUAUGAGUUCCGUUGACAGGUCACACAAAAUUAAACCUCCAAAUCGUCCAAGAGAAGUCAGGGCUAGGUCUUUAAUGACCUUUCUUAGGGGGGAACACAAUUAUUACUUAAUGCUAAAUCUCCAACUUGGUAUCAGGUAUACUGUAGGAAAAAUUACACCAGUGCCGAGGCGAGAAGUGCGUGCUUCUGACUUUGGUAAGAACGCUAGAACAAAGAUGUUCUUCCCUAGAGACGGCUCCAAUUUUACCCCUCCACACAAAUCUGUCGACUUCUCCUGGAAAGACUAUUGUCCCAUGGUUUUCAGGAAUUUAAGGCAGAUGUUCAAGUUAGAUGCUGCAGAGUACAUGAUGUCUAUUUGUGGUGAUGAUGGCCUGACAGAAAUUUCUUCCCCCGGGAAAAGUGGCAGUAUCUUCUACCUUUCUCAUGACGACAGAUUUGUGAUCAAGACUUUAAAAAAGUCUGAGUUGCAGGUUCUACUCAGAAUGUUGCCUAAGUACUAUGAACAUGUAGGCGACCAUGAAAACACACUUAUAACCAAAUUUUUUGGAGUUCACAGAAUAACCCUCAAGUGGGGUAAAAAGGUACGCUUUGUAGUCAUGGGGAAUAUGUUUUGCACAGAAUUGAAGAUUCAUCGUCGUUAUGAUCUAAAGGGUUCAACUCAAGGGAGAUUUACUGAAAAGAUCAAAAUCCAAGAGAAGACCACAUUGAAAGAUCUUGAUCUAGCUUAUGAAUUUCAUAUGGACAAGCUGUUACGGGAAGCCCUUUUCAAGCAAAUUUACUUAGACUGCUCGUUUUUGGAAUCGCUGAACAUCAUUGACUACAGUCUUUUACUGGGAUUACAUUUUAGAGCUCCUGGCCAACUUAAUGAUAUCCUUGAGCCUCCAAAUGCAAUGUCAGAUCAAGAAAGCGUUUCUUCAGUAGAUGUCGGUUUGACUCAGGAACACUCCAUUCCUCCAAAAGGAUUGCUUUUGGUAACUCAUGAACCCAAUUCCGUGAAUACUGCACCGGGUCCUCACAUCAGAGGGAGCACACUCAGAGCAUUUUCCGUUGGCGAGCAGGAAGUUGAUCUUAUUCUUCCUGGAACUGCAAGGCUGCGGGUACAAUUAGGAGUGAACAUGCCGGCACAAGCUCAUCACAAGCUUAUUGAGGACAAGGAAGAGUCAGCGACAAUUGAGCUUUUUGAAGUAUACGAUGUGGUUGUGUACAUGGGAAUCAUAGAUAUUUUGCAGGAGUAUAACACCAAGAAGAAAGUGGAACAUACUUGCAAAUCUUUGCAGUAUGAUCCGAUGACAAUAUCUGUGACCGAACCUUCUACUUACUCAAAACGCUUUGUCAAUUUUCUACACAAGGUGUUCCCAGAAGAAAGGUAGGAUCAACAAUUUUCUUCUCAAUGCCUUUGUUUACACAUCCUUGAUGUACAUUGACAUUUCAAAAGCCUCAUAAUAGUGAAAAUGUUUGUAAUUUUGAUAUGAUUAAAAUUCUCUGUAAAAUCAAUUUGCCUCCUAUCAUGGAUGACAUGAUGAAAUGCUUUUACACAUGAUAAGCAGAGCAGCAGACAUCAGUCUUGAAAUUUGAAAAACGAAAGGAAGUAAAAAGAGAUGCAAGAAACAUAAUUAUGAAAACUUUGAAACUAG